AUGGAGACAGCCAACCGCACAUUGGUCACUGAAUUUGUCUUCCUGAGAUUUUCGAAUUCUCCACAUCUCCAGCUGCUCUUCUUCUCCCUCUUCCUCCUGGUCUACCUAUUGUCCCUGGUGAGUAAUGCGCUCAUUGUGCUCAUUGUGGCCCUGGAUGGACGCCUCCAUACGCCCAUGUACUUCUUCAUCUGCAAUCUCUCCUUGGUAGAGCUCUGGUACACCACAGUCACUGUGCCCAAAAUGCUGGCCAAUUUUCUAUGUUCCCAAGGGGUCAUCUCAGUUCCCAGCUGCAUCACUCAGUACUACUUCUUCUUCUCUUUGGUUGCCACUGAGCUCUUUAUCCUCACCACCAUGGCCUUUGACCGUUAUGUUGCCAUCUGCCGACCACUCCAUUACCAAUUGCUGCUGAGCCCCCAAACGUGUGGUACUCUGGCUGGGGUCUGCUGGUCUGUAGGAUUCCUCUGUCCCAUGUUUCCCUCAUUCCUCCUUACACAAAUCUCCUUCUGCACCCCCAACCAGAUCAACCACUUCUUCUGUGAUGCUGAUCAGAUUUUUCGGCUUUCCUGCACAGACACAUAUGCCAUCCAAGCAGUGGGCUAUGGUUUGAGCACUGUUAUUAUCUUAGGAAGCCUGGUGUUUACCAUGGCUUCCUAUGCCCAAAUCCUGGCCACAAUUCUAGCCAUGGCCUCUGCUGCUGCCCAACGCAAGACUUUUUCCACAUGUGCAGCUCAUCUCUCUGUGGUCACUAUCUACUUUGGAACUCUCAUAUUCAUGUAUGUCCGCCCAGCAGUAAAAUACGAGUCAAACAUCAACAAGAUUGUGGCUAUUUUCUACUCAGUCAUCACCCCACUUCUCAAUCCUCUCAUCUAUACACUCCGCAACAAGGAUGUCAAGGAAGCUUUGAAGAUGUUGGUGUCCCGGAUCCAAAGGAUCUGUCAUUCAAGCUGGGAGACUCAGUGA